AUGGCAUCUUUAGAAAGGACUGCGAUGAGUAGCUUUGAUGUGGCGACCAGCUUGCUAAUUCAAUGCCGAAUUGCUCACCAAGAGCUUCAGAGGGUGGCUGGGAAGGAAGGCAAGCUUUUGAACCGGCUUUGCGAUGAGCUCCAGUACAUUCGAAACGAGAGUGUACCGGAAGCCUUUGAGGUGGCCUUGAGGACAGAUAGUGAAAUGCAGAUGCCCAGAGAGCCCAAAGAGCCCAAAGACGCAAAGGAGCAUAAGGAGCCGGAUCCCAUCACCAUCACCGUGCAUGAUGAACAUGGACAGCUGAAGGAAUGUGUGAAAUCCUCCGCCAGCAGCGAGGGAGAAUCUAGUGUCAUGAAGGAACGUCGGACCUCGCAGACUUCCGAACAAUCCGUGAAAUCCCUAAGUGAUGCUCCGCUAGUGAAGCGCAUCUCCGUGCACUCCACAGAGUCUCGGCCUCGUACGCGGCGCUCCUACACAGGCGGCUCGUUGAGUGUCUCCGAGGGCGACAUCCGUGCGGUGCAGAGCUACUCCAUCAACGGCAUCCGCAAACAGGACCAGCCAGCACCACGACAUACCGUGGUCAGCCUUGUGAAAGCCAACUUUGCGGAGUCGGAGAAGCGGACGUGUUCCUCCUGGGUGUAUUUCUUUGCAGAUUUUCUUGAUUGGCUCUGGAAACUCCAAGAACCUCCUCGGCAUGGAUGUUUAGCCAGGGUGGUGCGAUCCAACCUCUUCGGCGCGGUUUGCGGCGUCACAUUGGCUGGAGAAACGGACUUUUUUUCUUCGUGGUACAAGUAA